AUGGUUGAAUCUCCCGCAUCCGAAGCAUCCCAAGACCAAGAGUCGGCCGACGAGUCGACUGCGGCGCAUCCGCCUGUCAAAGCGCCUGCGGUCAAGGACAAGGAAUGUCAAUACUGUCACCAGCAGUUCACCUCCUCGUCGCUCGGCCGCCAUCUCGACCAAUUCAUCUCUAAAAAGAAACCCGAUGGGAUCCAUGAUGUCGAAGAGAUACGGAGGUUACGAGGAGGCAUCACGCGCCGCACAGCGAGAAGCAGCAAGCGGGACAAGGACAAGAAUGAGCAUGAAGAUGCUCCCUCAUCACAGGCAUCUCCAGGCCCCAGUAUCGGUCCCCAACCAGGCACUCUCAUCUCGUCUGCUGUUGAACUCAACCGCAUUCCUCCCGGUGGCAUGCAUGUGCGCCUGAACAGGCUCAAUUGGCAGGCUACGGGCGUCAUUACAGAUCCUACCACCCUCGACUCGCCCGCCACGACUGCUGCUGCUGCCGCCCCUCCUACUCCCGCCAUCGUCUCUAGUCCAUCUGGGACCAAGCGCAGUUUCUCUGUCUAUGCCCAAGACCUCAAUACCACCAGCAAUGCCGAAACUACUCGCGCUCUCGAACUUGCCCUGCGCGAAGUCCUCGACUCUCUCCGUGCGGCCACAAAGCAUGCCUCUCCCAAACCCUCUCCCUUUAAAUUCGACGUCCAGUCACAGACAUUUCCCUCUCUAUGCCUAAAGAUCUUGCCUGCGCCAGCCACCUUGUUCCAAGCUUCUCCUUUCUCGACACCGCAGUCCAUCCCGAUCAACCCACCCGGUCCUGAUCAACUCGCCCCUCUGCGCCAAUUGCUGACCUCUACCAUCGAUCACUGGAAAUGGCAGACACUGCGACUUGCGCAACCCACGACUUCCAAUAUUGCGGAAGAGGCCGACUUUCUCACACGAAGCGCGGCGCAAUGGACCGAAUCGACCCUUUCACAUCUUGAUACAAGCUAUCAGAAUUGGAUGGCGCAUCCGAUUGAGAUUCGCAAUCUACUGUGGCAGGUGGAAUUGCUGAGGUCGUACAAUUCGGAGCAACAAAAAGUGCAGGAGAUGGAAGAAAGGCUAGAGAGGUUACAGCAAGAGGCAAAUCAGUUACAGCAACAGGUGGAAUACCUCUCUCGAUGUCAGUGGCCACGUGAGAUGGCGCUGUGGCCGCCCGAGCGUCGGACGUUUGGGGCUUCUAUGCGCGAAGAGUUGCGACUAAUGACCCUGAAUAAAGUGCCCGCUGGAUCAGGCGGACCCGAGGCGCCCGAAGAGAUGGUGACUUUGCCCACGGAUAACAUCAAAACGAGGCAGGGUGACAAGUGGGACUUUGAUAAGUUGGUCAAUAAGUGGAAAGCACAUGUCAAAGAAGACAAGAAUCGGCGUAUGCCACAAUCUCUGGUAUCCAUGGACGGUAACGGCGGCGCUGCGGGAGGGGCACCGAGCGUGAAAAUGGCAGAGCUUAAGAAAACACAGAGCGAACCGGGGAUGAAUGGGUUGUCGAAUGGGCAGUCGCCGACCAGUGCGGACGAAAGGCGGAAGAGUAUGAGAAAUCCAAAGGCCAAUAUCAGCAUCAUAUCGGACUUAUAA